UCAUAGUAUAAUCACCAUGAAUGCACAAAUAUAACAAAAGAACAUAUUCUAAGAUUGUGCAGUCUAAACUCAGAAGAACAAAAAUGCAGAUUGUAAGGAUAGUGAAGUUACCAUACCUUCUCAUAUGUUUCCUUCUCUUCAUCAUCCUUUGGUUGUUGUCACAUCCCUCUUGUGCUCCAUACAUGAAUUCUAUCAGAGGAACACAAUUCUCGCAUCUUCAACCUGAAUCUUCAAGCUUAUCGAGACUAGUCAAAGAAAUAGCUACAGAAGACAAGAUGGUGAUUAUUACCAUGGUGGAUCGAGAAUGGGCAAAACCUGACUCUAUUCUUGAUCUGUUCCUUGAGAGUAUUCGGAUUGGAGAAAGAACCAAAUACUUGCUGAACCAUUUGAUCGUUGUUGCUUUAGAUGAUCAAGCUCUUCGAUAUUGUCUUCGUGCCCACCCUCAUUGCUACCUUCAUAGAGGUUAUAGAAAAAACUCGGAAUCUUUGAAUCCGGAUGGUCUUGUUACCGGUUGGAGCAAGAAGUAUUUGGUUAAAGAGAUUCUUGAACUCGGUUACAACAUAAUGUUCACAGAGGCAGAUGUGAUAUGGCUAAGCAAUCCAAUAUUGCAUUGCAACCCACUAGAUCCAAUCCAAGUGGCUUGCGGGAUCUCACCGAGUGAUCAUUUAACAGUGGAAAACACAGGAGGUUUCUUCUAUGCCAAGUCUAAUUACGUAACCAUACACUUGUUCAAGACCUUGGACGUAGAGAGGGUUGUGUAUCCCGCAACUGGAAACCAAUCCUUGUGUGACAUUGUCAAGCGCCAAGAUGUAAUCCAGAACCUUAGUAUGAAAGUAACCUUCUUGGAUGAUGCUAACUUUGGCAGGUUUUGUCAACCAAAUAAUUCACAAGAUCGAAGCAAGAUAAGUACAGUCCAUGCAAGUUGUUGUAAUGAUACAAAGAGUAAAGUGCAUUACCUAAAGCUUAUACUCCAAGACCGGAAAAAAAUGAAUCCGCAAUGGAUCAUUCCAAGCCAAUGCAGAGGAUUUCAUCCGCUAUAAACAUUUUUAACAUAUG